CCUAAAACCCACGCAUACUCCCCCAACACGCCACCUGAUCCCUGGCGGCACUGGAGCUACUUGAAGACCGCCGCCGCGCCGACGGCCAUCUCUGGCUAAACCAGGUGGAGGCCAGAAGGUCGACAGGAUCUUCUACGAGCCGGUACAUCUACGGCAGCGGGAUUCCCAGACUCGUCCACGACUCCCAUGGCUGGAUCAUAUCGCUACUGGUUGUGAUCCUAACUUAUUUGCCUAAGUGGUGUUCAUGUUUAGAUGUUAAAGAUCCUGUUUUAGUUGAGUUAAGCAAUGUACAUUCUUACAGAAACAAGUGGGCAUACGGCGGGAGAGGCAAAUCAUGACUGUUUCAAGAGGCAAAAUCUAAGUUUCCCAACAUACUAGCUACUACUACCACGCGUUGACCUGCUCAGGUCCACUGCACAUCUCCCGUAAUCUUCUCACUCUUCCUCAACUUCUCCGCUGAUCCCUGAAAGCACAAGCUCGAUUGAGGAAUGGUAGGACCAGGGCUGACAGUCGGCGGGUGGUUCGCCGGCGCCGUGAUCUCCAACUUCGUGAAGAAGGCGCAAUCAAUCUUGCAGGACAACCACGCCCUGCAGGCUGAAGCCGAUGACAUGCUGUACAGCGUGCAGGCCGCGCUGCCCCGGAUCAGGAUCCUGGUCGAGGUGACCGAGCGCAAGGCCAUCUCCAACGAUAGCUACGACGACUGGCUGCAGCAAUUCAAGGACGUCGUGUACGAGGCUGAGGACCUGCUCGACGACUUCGAGACCAAGAGGAUCCGGGACGAGUUGCGCAGGAAGAGCAGCAAGGUCGGAUCGGCUGCGUCCUUCGCUUUCAGGUACAUGAGAAAACUCGUACUUUCUGAUGCUGAUCUCCGGAGGCUUAAAGAUGUCCUGAAGAAGCUAGACAAGAUCGUCAAUGAUGACCGUGGUACCCGCUUCCCUGGCAAGCUGGAGUUAACUGACGAGCAGGAGGUGCCACCAGUGCGGCCUCUUAUCGUCGGCCGGGAUAAGGAGAAGCAGGAUCUGCUGAGCUUGGUAUGCCCUGCUGCACCGCCGUCCCGAGAUGGCGUGGAAUCCAGCAAGCAGUUUUCUGUGAUUGCUGUUGUAGGAGCAGCUGGUGUGGGCAAAACCACUCUUGCUCAGGUGAUCUACAAGAACCAAAAUGUCAAGGAGGCUUUUGCGUUAAGGGGGUGGGUAUUGGCCUCCACUCGCAGUCGUGAGAAGCGAGACAUUGUCAAAGAUAUUGUUGAUUCUUUUCGGAUGGAGCAACAGAACACUUUGUCCAGUGCCACAGAAAACAAGAGGUUCUUCCUUGUUCUUGAUGAUGUGCAGGAUGAUCUGCGCAAACUAUGGGGUUCCCUAAGGUCAAUACUGGUGGGGGCGGCAAACGGGAGUGUUGUGUUGUUAACAACUCGAUCAGAAGAGGAUGUAUAUAAUUUCAGAACAACAGCUCAUGUUUCACUGGAUCAUCUACCAUUAGAAUUCAUGUGCAGAGUUUUUGAGCAUCAUGCAUUUGGAAGCCAGGAAAAGGGUUCACUCGAACCAAUCGGAAAGAAAAUAGUGCAAAAACUGCAUGGAAUACCAUUACUGGCAGAAGUGAUUGGAAGGCUACUGAGACCAAAUCUAGACGAGGGACACUGGAUAAAAAUUUCCAGAAGUCAUUGGUGGCUCUAUUCUGAAGAUGAUGAUAUUCAAAAUGUUGCUCUACCUUCAGUAACAAUUGUGUGUGAACAUCUAAGUGACCAUCUGAGAAAGCGUUUGUGUUACUGUUCAAUAUUCCCGUCUGGUUAUUUGUUUGAAAGGAACAUGUUGAUUCAGAUGUGGAAAGCUAAUUUCAUGCAGCAACAUGAUGGAAUUGAGAUGGAGAAAAAGGAAAAUAAAUGGUUUGACGAGCUUUUCAACCGAUCAUUUUUCCAGCCCACAAUAUGGGAAAACAAGUAUGUAAUACCUGAUAUGAUUAAAGAGCCAGUAUACCGAAUUGCUGAAAAGGAAUGCCAUGCAGCUACAGAUUCACGGGAGCUCAAAAGAAGCCUCCAACUUUAUCGUCACCUAGCUAUAGAUAGUUCUGAUUUUAAUAUGCACUUGGACUUAAGGAAGGCCAAUAAGUGGCGAACAAUUUUAUUUUUUGAUGGACACAGAACAAACAAGCUACAUGAAGCACUUGCAAAUAUUUUGUGUGACCCUAGUGCCCUACGGUUAUUAGACUUCUCUUAUUCCAAAGCUAAAUUGGGAAAGGCUCCUGAUUUCAUUAACAAAUUCCCUCACCUACGGUUUCUAGAUCUAUCUUUUACUGAGAUUACCAUAAUUCCAGACUCCCUCUGUAAGCUGCGUCUUCUGCAAGUAUUGGGCCUACGAGGAUGCCAGCUCACAGGACUGCCUAGAGCUAUGAAUGAGUUAGUUAACCUCCGAUUUUUAUAUGCAGAAGCUCGGACAGUUUCUCUCAUAUACAAGAUAGGGCAGCUGACAAAUCUCCAAGGGCUCGAGGAGUUUCCUGUGAGCAGGAUAAAGGGGCACGGAAUAACAGAAUUGAAGGACUUGAAUGACCUCUGCGGACAACUUUGUAUCAGUAAUCUCGAGGAAGUAACAUGCACAGAUAUAGAGGGUGAUGUUGAAUUAUCGAGAAAAAGACACUUAAAGAAGCUGGCAUUAAAAUGGGGGUUGGAAGCGGGUGCAUCAACAACCAAAUCUGAUGUUUGCAUGAGGACACUUGCUGGCUUAAAGCCAAAUUCAAAUCUUGAAGAGCUGAAAAUUCAGUGUUACAUGGGAGUUGGCUUUCCAGCAUGGAUGGCGGAUGAGCAACAUUUUACCAAACUGAGGAGCAUUCAUCUAAUCAAAUGUAAACAGUUAAAAACACUUCCACCUCUCGGGCAAAUCCCAUCUCUCGUGAUUUUAGUGCUGGAAGGCCUAUCAGUACUUGAACAAAUUGGUGGUGAAUUUUAUGGAACAGGUUACAGGGUAUUUCCAUCUCUUGAGAAGCUGAAGUUCCUUGAUAUGCCAAAUUGGAGGAAGUGGUCUGACAUAGAAGAAUUACAAGACUCACGAGCCCAUCCGUUUCCCCAUCUUAAAAAGGUUCAAAUCAAGAACUGCAAAGUUUUGAGUCAUAUGCCAUCAUGUUGUUUACAAGCAUCACUUGAGGAACUCGAUCUUUCUGAAUGCAAUGAGAUAUUUAAAUGCAGUCCAAGCUAUUUCGGUGGAUUAAAAUCCCUGUUGCGCUUAAGGAUACACAAUUGUUUGGGCAGAAUUCAUCUUCCAUGCAAUCUGUUGGCAUCACUUGAGGUUUUGAAUCUUCAAAAAUGCGAGGUUUACUUCCAGGGAGGUAUAGAACAGAUCAUCAAGCUGAAGAGGAUUUUAACCAGUGAUUUUUGUGAACUGAACUUGGAUGAAUUGAAAGAAAUAAGAAAAGGGCAGUUAGUUCCUGAAGUAUUUACUUUCUGAAGGUUCAAUUGCUGAUCAUAUGCUUUCUCAAAAACUGCAAUGUUGAAGCAUUUCAUUUAAAAAAGAAAAAAGAAUCCUGAAGCACCAGUUUAGUAAGAAAAGGUUAGUCUAAACAGAGGUAUCAAGGAUCAAAGAUGGUGCUAAUACUUCUCUGGUGCAUGUUAGAGUGUCUGGCUAUUGAACUCAAAAAGCAGAACAACUCAUUCAAACAUGUCAUGAAAAAAAAGACGUGUCCGGAGGAAGAGAUAUCUCUCUGAUUUUUGCCUUAAAGAAGUUUUACCUCAGCUUCAAAUUCGGGUCAGUUAUAGGGGUUUCAUCGACCCCCAGGAGGCUAGAAGUUCACCGCUCUACGGUUGCGCCUCAAGAGGCUUUGAUGACAUGUCAUAUGUAUUGCUCCCAUAAAGGGGAAUAUAAAUGUUUUUAUAACUCCUAUUGCAAACUUUUAGUAGUUUAUUUCUAAAAAAUCGAUGUAUUCCAAGAAAAAAACGAACACCUUUCUUACACCAAAUAUACUCUACUCAUUUUCUGUAGGA